AUGAUAAAAUCAUCUGAUAAGGGCUCAUUUGAUGCCAUUGUUUGCCUCCAUCUGCUUCGAUCUUUCCCAGAACGGGUUGUCACACUCACUGGUGCAGGAGUUUCAUGUGCCUCUGGGAUCCUGGACUUCCAUUCUGCCACUGGCCUCUACAAGAUCAAGAACAAAGAUGGCAGUAUCCCUUACAGGGAUGUGUUCCGCACUAGGGUGCAGCAACCUGAACAAGCAGCAGAACAGCUCAAGACACUAGGGAGACUCUCAGAGCUUUGCUUGCAAGCCCCACCCAGUACAGCACACAGCCUCCUCGUUCACCUGUCUCAGCUCAAACUGUUGUGCCGGUCUUAUACGCACAAUGUGGAUGAUCUUGAUUCCAAGGCAGGUCUUCCUCUAUUUGACAGCAAUGGCAGGCAGGUCCACGUAACCCUGCAUGGGUCUCUCAGUAUACUGAGAUGUAAUAUCUGUUCUAAAUCAUGUGUGCUCACUGCACACCAUGUUGCACAAUACAAAAAGGGCUUGUUCCCUGAAUGUAAGGAGUGUGUUGAAGAAGGUAAAGAACUCAGACUGAGGUGCCAAAGACAUGUUGGUGUGCUUUGCCAUCAAAUCGUCUACACAGAAGAUGGUCCAGAAAGUGAUCCAGUUGCUGAAGAGAAGGGCUUAUUACUGGACCAAGAUGCAUCUUCCUCACCACGUGUGUUGUUGAUAUUGGGGACAUCACUGAAAUUGUCAGGAAUUCGGUCUUUCAUGCGAACGAUGACCUACUACAAUUAUCUUGACUUGUUGGAACUCCAAACCUCAGAUGCACUUGUUGUAUUUGUCAAUUUAGAGCAACCUCCUUGUAGCAUGGUGCCAUAUAUCGAUGUUUGGCUUCAGGAGGAUGUCCAAGCAUGGUCAGAUCGGAUCAAUCGGGGACUGAGAAUGAGGAAGGGCCUGUAA